UGGGGACUAAAAUAAGGUAGGGUCCGUUGGCCACAAGGUGCUGUAGCAUCCUUUAAUGAAAACAUUAUGUCCAUUUCUGCAAUCGUUUAGGCUGAGUGAUGAGUAAAGAGUUACAGAUGAGGGCUGCAAUUAACCAGAAGCUGAUUGAAAUGGGGGAGAGGGAGCGGUUAAAGGAGCUGCUCAGAGCCAAGCUCAUUGAGUGUGGCUGGAGAGAUCAGUUAAAAGCACAUUGUAAAGAUGUCAUCAAGGAAAAGGGGAUUGAGAAUGUCACUGUAGAAGACUUAGUGGCUGGAGUCACUCCUAAAGGAAGAGCGCUGGUGCCUGACAGUGUAAAGAAGGAGCUUCUGCAGAGAAUAAGGGCCUUUUUAGCCCAACAUUCUACAUGAUGCACAGGAUAUUGGACUCUCUGCCAACUGAAAUGCCACACUAGCUGUAAAAUUGAUCUUUUUCUUUUUGUUCAUUCAUUUCUUUUUUUUUAAUCUGUUUGUGUACUGCCUUAGUGAAAUAAAGUCUGGUGAAUGAUUUUGUUGUUUUAACAAUAAAGUUUAUUCAUUUUUGUAA